UGAGGCGCCGGCGAGGUUGCGUAUCUCUAGUCGGAGCGACUAUCUUUUCUCCGGAGGGUUGGUUUUGUUUCCUACUUCAGCCUAUUUCUCGGACCCGCGCCUUUUUGAGAGAUUCCCUUCCUCCUUUGCCCCCUUUUCGGGCCACAUCAGGCGGGAGGCUUCCAGAAAGUCGACAAGUCAUCUUUAGGUGCAAAGGAGUCAGACUUCAGGAAGACCAACUCAAAUAUUUGGCAUUUAAAGGAAUUUCAAGUUUUUAAAAGAAAGUGUUCCUUCUCGCAGAGAAUGGCGUCUCCAUCCAACUGCACAAGCUACAAACCUAAGACAUCUUCAGUACCUCCUUUUCCUGCAUUUCCCCAUAUCCGGUCUGCCCGAUAUCCUCUGGAUGUGGCCCCUUCCAUCUCCACUGCUCAUUCUAAUACAAGUAACCACAGGUUACCACAAUCUCUUUUAACUGGUCUUUGAAUUCUGCAGGGGAUAUUUGGGAAAACUUUCCACCUAUGAAUUUUCCUUGUUCCAUUGGUCCAGCUUGCAGAUGCUGAGACCAACAUUGACAACAAGCCCACAUCAACACAGGGAAUUUCUGAAGAAAGAGAGGUGAUGAUAUCAUGUAGACUGCCGAAGAGUUUCUCAAGAACCUGACUUUCCAGAAACAUGUGAACUGGAGAAGCACCAGGAAAUCCCCACAGUGAAAAACAUUAAAAGAAAGGAUGAGAGAAUCCACUAUGCAAGGAAACCCUUUGGAUGUGAGGAGUGUGGGAGAUACUUCAUCUUUUUUUCUUACUAUAUUCGACACCAGAGAGUCCACACUGGAGAGAAACUCUAUCCACAUGAGGAGUGUGGGAAAUCCUUCAAUGGCAAUUCUUCAUUAAUUCAGCAUCAGAGAAUCCACACUGGAGAGAAACCCUAUCAGUGUGAGGGGUGUGGAAGAGCCUUUAAUAACAGUGAAAGUCUGAUCAGGCAUCAGAGAGUCCACAGUGGGGACAGACCCAAUCUCUGCAAGAGGUGUGGAAAUGGCUUCCCCAGUAGUUCUGAACCUUGUUAUACAUCACAGAAUCCAGACGGGAGAGAAACCCUAUGAAUGUAAUGAGUGCGGCAAAGCUUUUGCUGUUAAGUCAACAUUAAGUCGGCAUCAGAGAAUCCACAGUGGAGAAAAACCAUAUGGGUGUAGCAAGUGUGGGAAAACAUUUAGGACUUCCUCCCAGCUACAUCAUCUUGGGUAUGCCCACCCUAGAAAGAAGCCUGUCCUGGACCUUGGUUCUUUUGGCCUCCCAGCAUUUUUUACCGCAUUUUCAUGGUAAUUACUGCCCUACUUUUUGGGAAAAUACCACUCUGCCCCAACACAACAGUUCAUGUGGUUUGGGUGAGGCUCUAUUCCCUACUGCAAAGGUGGAACAUGUAGCCUAGUCUGGCCCAUCUGUACUGUUCCUUCCACCCACCACAAUGGUGGGUUCAGGCGACCCAAAUUCAUCCAAUCAGAAUGGACCCUUUGACUGUGCAAAACCUACCACGAAGUGCCAUUCUUUUCUGCUGGACAUGGAUGUUAGCCUUGACCCACGUGAAGACUGAGAAGAAAGCCAGCCCUGCAAACAGAGAUGGAGAGAACUAAACUUGCCUCUGGAUUUUUCAGUGAUAGAUCUGGGGACUUCCCUGGUGGCGCAGUGGUUGGAAAUCUGCCUGCCAAUGCAGGGGACACGGAUUCGAGCCCUGCUCUGGGAAGAUCCCACACGCCGCAGCAACUAAGCCCAUGCACCACACCUACUGAGCCCACGUGCCACAACUACUGAAGCCCACGCGCCUAGAGCCUGUGCUCUGCAACAAGAGAAGCCACCGCAAUAAGAAGCCCGGGCACCGCAAUGAAGAGUAGCCCCCCUCGCCUCAACUAGAGAAAGCCGGCGCGCAGCAAUGAAGACCCAAGGCAGCCAAAAAAUUAAUUAAUUAAUUAAUUAAUUAAUUAAAAAAUAUAUGUAAAAAAAUAAAAGAGAUCUGGAGAUAGGCAGCUGCACACUGGCAGCGGGAAUCCUGCCUCCUUCCAGUUCACCGCACUGCCAUCCAUCAGAUGGGGCAAUAUCCUCAUAGUCUAAAGCAACAGCUAGAGCUCCAGCCAUUCCAGGAUGCAGGAUGGAGGAAAAGAAGAAGAGCAUGUCAACUUCCUUUCAAGGAAAUAUCCUCUUUUUCUAUUCUAGGUCCGCGGUUAAAAACGUACGCCAGGGGGAGCAAAGCCAGAGUCCACAGAGAGGUGCGUUCUGGCUUCCUAGAGAGGAAGCUCGUGAAGCUUGGGCGCCGCAGCCGACGUAGUGACGCACUUCCGGUCACGCCGUACAUUGCGCCUUUCUCGAGCUCCUGCCCUUCAUUGAGAGGAAGCCCAGGUGAUGGCUGUCAUGCCCCUGAGAGCCUGGCACCAGGAUACCCAGUUCCCAAACCUGCGUUGGUCUCACUUCUGGAGAGAGGGGAUUUGCCUUGGGGCCUGGAGACACGGGAUGAUCGCCCUGCACAGGGGACCAAAGACAUCUGUAAAAAUGCCGGGACCAACAUUGACAAUGAGUUGACACCAACAUGGGGAGUUUCUGAAGAAAGAGACAUGAUGAUGUCACAUGGGCCACAGAAGAAUGUUCUUAAGAGAAACAGCUUCCUAAAAUCAUGUGAACUGGAGAAGCACCAGGAAAUCCCCACAGUGAAAAAUAUUAGAGGAAAGGGUCCAAGAAUCCACUAUGAUAGGAAGGCCUUCAGAUGUGAGGAAUGUGGGAAAUGCUUCAGCUAUUUUUGUUACUAUGUUAGACACCAGAGAAUCCACACUGGGGAGAAACCCUUUGAGUGUAAUGAGUGUGGAAAAGCCUUUAAUGGCAAUUCUUCAUUAAUUCGACAUCAAAGAAUCCACACUGGAGAGAAACCCUAUCAGUGUGAAGAGUGUGGGAGAGCCUUUAAUGAUAACGCAAAUCUGAUCAGGCAUCAGAGAAUCCACAGUGGGGACAGACCCUAUCUCUGCAAGGAGUGUGGAAAUGGUUUCACCAGUAGUUCUGAGUUUGUUAUACACCAGAGAAUUCACACUGGGGAGAAACCCUAUGAGUGUAAUGAGUGUGGAAAAGCUUUUGUUGGUAAUUCACCACUGCUGCGACAUCAGAAAAUCCACACUGGAGAGAAACCUUAUGAGUGUAAUGAGUGUGGCAAAAGCUUCGGACGGCCUUCUUAUCUUAGUCAGCAUCAGCGUAUUCACACAGGGGAAAAGCCUUAUUCUUGUAAAAUAUGUGGGCAAGCCUUCAGUUUUCAUACAAAACUAACUCGGCACCAGCGAGUCCACAGUGAGGUGAAACCCUUUGACUGUGUAGAUUGUGGAAAGGCCUUUAGUGCUCAGGAUCAAUUAAAAAGGCAUCUAAGAAUACAUAUUCAGAAGACUUCCUAUGUCUGUGAUGAGUGUGGAAUAGUCUUUACUAGGAAAAGAAAUCUGCUUCAGCAUCGAAGAGUCCAUACUAGAGAGAAACCCUGUGAAUGUGUCAAGUAUGAAAAAACCUUUAGGACUUCUUCCCAGCUAGAUCAUGUCCACCCUGGAGAGAAGCCAGUGCUGGAUGUUGGAUGUUUUGGCCUCCCAGAAUUUUUUACCCCCUUUUACUGGUAAUAGUACACUAAAUUUCCUUUUGGAUUCCGUCUUCCACGCAGGGGUAGAAUUUGUGACACAGGCCCAGCUCAGCUGCAGAUUCCUUCCCUCAAGCUACAGCUGUUGGUUCAGAUGUCAGUAGAUAACCCAAGAUAGUCCAGUUAGAAUCCCAGACUUGGCAAGAGUUAAUAACCUUGUAAAUGGUGAGUGUGGCCCUGGCACAACAACCAGACGGCAGACUGUGGCCUGGCAAUCCUUUCGCCUUCCAGUUAACAAACUUUUGACAUUCCUACUCAUUAAGAUCUUAAUCAUUCAUAUUCGUUAAGCAGCUGGGCCUCCUAAUGGGCAGUUUCACAGUGGCUGAAUGGUAUUGGAGAGCCACAUGCACCCAUGUGGACUUUGGAAAGCCUGCCAAUUAUGAAUUCCAUGGUAUUGAAUAAUCCUCGAACCUACCAGUACUUCACUGAACAAGAAUUUUCUAUCACCCUUAGCAUUUGGUGUCUGCUCUUUGUCAUGGAGAGAGGAGACUGGAAAAAUGAGCAAUGUUUGUUCUUUGGGAGUGGUUGAUUAAUGUGGCCAGGGGGCAGGCAUGAAUCCUGGGCUACCACCUCCCAGGAACAAGAGUGAGGUCUGUGUGCCUUCCUAGGGCACAUGAGCUAUUCUGGGCCAGUCUCUGAGAUGCAAGGACCCGAUGCCCAAGGCAGGAGCCUUGAGUUUAUCAUCAUCAUCAACCUUGCUUUUCAGCAAAUGGAAAAACUUCUUGCUGUCGUGAAAGGAUAGCAAGAACAUUAGAUGGGUGGCUGCAGCCCCUGACCCUAAGUGAAUCCCUUUCUACCUUGUGCUUCAGAUUAUGUGCUGUGCAGUGGGUGGUCAGUGAUAGGGAAUCUGCUGCUUUCACCGAGCCAGCAUCUGUCCUCAUGUCCAAGUGCAGCACCUCAGCUUUCCUUUGGGAGCUACAUCUUACCUGCUUCCAGUCCAGAUAGUUUCAGAGGGCUGACCCCACAUUCCACCCACCUGGCCGAUCCCAUUUUCCAUCCUCUGAUUGCUGUGAUCAGUGCAAGGAUGAGAAUGUUAUCCAAGCCAGGCCAAAGGCAUUCCAAGCCAUGAGUUUUCAAGGAAGCCUACUGAAGGAGAAACCAUUCGCAGUAUGGACUUUGAGCUUGUGUCAUCUUGGAGUUGCUGGAUGCAAUGAGAGAAACUGUGCCUGUGAAUGGGACCACAAGGCACUCAGCAGGCUGAUGGUCGGAGAGGGACCAGGUCACACUACAAGCAUGUGAACCCUUGAACCUGACACCUCUGAACCCAGUCUUCGACUUGUCUCUUGUCAUCCAUAACACCCAAGACAUGGUGGCUCCUAAUGUAAUCUUACGGUGUCUCUUAAUAACAUGUGGACUCCUACAAGGCCAAUUAACAUCACAACUUUCAUUGAACUGGAUCUGGGAUUCUCCAGGGCUUUGGCUUCCGGACAAUGACUGGCUGAGUCAACACAGACAGAAGGUUGGUCUCCUCCGGACACACUAGUCCGUGCAGACAGGAGCCAGUGUCUUCAGGACCUGCUGGGAGGCACCGCCGCGGGAGUAAAAGCAAUCUUGAGACUUCCCCUCAUUUUCACAGCCUUGAUGGAUUUAAAGCACACAAGAUGAGUAUGAUCUGGGUGGCUUUUUCUGCAUGGCUUCUUUCUCCUAGGAUGUUUUCAAUAUUCAUACAUGUUGUAACUUGUAUCAGUACUUCAUUCACAUUUUCCAUUGUGAUUAAAUGUCAAACAUAACAUUUACCACUUAAACCAUUUAAAGUAUAUAGUUCUGUGACAUUCACGUUUAUAUUAUUGUACAAAUAUCCUUACCAUCCAUCUCCUGUACUUCUUUUUUUCCAAGUGAAACUGCAUCCAUUAAACACUAACUAACUCCCUUCAACCCUUGUCAACCACAUUCUAUUUUCUGUCUCUGAAUUUCACUUCUCUGGAUACCUCAUAGAAGUGGGAUCAUAUAAUAUUCGUCCUUUUGUGACAGGCUUAUUUCACUUAGCAUAAUGACUUUAAGGCUCAUACAUGUUGUAGCAUGUGUCUGAAUUUCCUUAGUUUUUAAGGCUGCAUAAUGUACCUUUGUGUAUAUAUCACAUUUUGCUUAUCAGUUCAUCUAUCCAUGGACACUUGGGUUGCUUGCACCUUUUGGCCAGUGUAAUGCUCCUGUGAAUAUGGGUGUACAAAUAUCUGUUUAACUCCCUCCUUUCAAACCUUUUGGGUAUAUACCCUGAAGUGGAAGUGAUGAAUCAUACUUUGUUUUUGACGAACUGCCAUACUGUUUUUCCACAGCAGAUGGCACCAUUUUGCUAUAUUUCUGUGUAUGGCAGAAUAAUAUGGAACUUUAUAGAUCUACCCUCUUUUGCUUAUCCAUUCAUCCACUGAUGGAUAUUUGAAUUUUUCUACCAUUGGGCCAAUGUCAGCAAUGCUGCUAUGAAUAUUCAUGUACAAGUUUUUGUUUGAACUCCUGUUUUCAAUUCUUUGUGUCAUAUAUCUAGGCAUUGAGUUCUUGAACCAGACUCUAAUUGUAUUUUACCUUUUUUGAGGAGAUGCCAAACUAUACAUUUCCACAAGCAAUGUGGAGAGGCCUGUAUUAUGGAUCUUACACCUUCCUAGAAAUAUGAAACAACGGGAUCAUCCUACUAUUUAAGAAAAGGAAAACAACGUUUUUCCCUAAGACUCGAGGAAGAAGCUCCAGCCCCACCAUCAACACCCGAAGCUGAAAUUCCACUUCAACAAUUCCCUGAACAACUUGCUUAUGGGACAUUAACACUGUCUUUAAGUACUGUACAUCAUGUUACUAUUAGACCAAGGCACAAAACGUUUAGUGCAUAAACCAGUUUCUGAGCUUCCCUGGUGGCGCAGUGGUUGAGAAUCUGCCUGCCAAUGCAGGGGACACGGGUUCGAGCCCUGGUCUGGGAAGAUCCCACAUGCCGUGGAGCAACUGGGCCCGUGAGCCACAACUACUGAGCCUGCGCAUCUGGAGCCUGUGCUCCGCGACAGGAGAGGCCGCAAUAGUGAGAGGCCCGCGCACCGCGAUGAAGAGUGGCCCCCACUCGCCGCAACUAGAGAAAGCCCUUGCACAGAAACGAAGACCCAACACAGCCAAAAAUAAUAAAUAAAUAAAAUUAAUUAAUUAAUUAA